AUGAAAAUUAAAACAGAAUUGUUUGAAGAACGUAAAAGGAAAUCAAUGACGAAAAUUCCCAAACAUUGGUCUGAAUGGUAGAGAGCUAACAUAUCUGGAACCCCAUGUGUGCAAGAUUGUUUACAUAUUACAAAUAAACUCAAAAAUCGUCUAAUGAGAACUAAACCGAAUUACCCUCCAUCUGAUAUAAUUAUCGGCAAAUUUGUUGCGACGAGAGAACAUCUUCUCGAAAUGACUGCAAAAAUAUCGAAAGAUCAACAUUGCCUGACCUCAAGUGACCUAGAUCCGUCGAGCACAAUGAACUACAAAGCUGGAAAGAGAAUUUCAUCUCCGAAAGUGUCUACUUGCCUUAAACAAAAUGUCGAAAACUCUGCUGGAACUAUUGCGUAUGUCGAAAUAAUGCAACAGUUAUAUGAGUUGUGUGAGAGUAGUCUCACAUCAACAGAGCGAUUAAGAAAGUGGUGGUUUAUAUGUUUCUUUGUUAGAGGUUGGCGAAACUGGUUAAUUAAAAUCAAAAAACCUCUCAAACACUUCAUAAGUAGUAACACUUAUGAAUGUAUCGAACUGAAUGCUCACUCAUAUAUUGCGGCUCUCAUAAACUGCCGGGACCAGUACGAGGGCAAAUAUUUUUUGCCCGAAUAUCACAAUUCGCAAUCCUGCGAAAGUUAUUUUAGGACAGCACGAUCACUUUCGACGACGCAGAGCACAGUAAUUAACUUUACAAUGAGGGAUUUCCUGCAAAAAGCCAAGAGAAUUAACACACAGGAAAUCCUCUCAUUCAAAAUUAAAAAUCAAAUUAUACUUCCACGAAUGAAAGAUCAACCACAAACUCCGCAAAUCGACGUUCUACCAUCAAAUGAUGUCAUUGAGAAAAUUAUUUGUAUUAGCAGGCAAGACGCUCUAAAGAAAUUAUCAGAACUGGGUAUGCAAACUAUAAAUUUUAAAAUGGACCGCCUGUUACCAAGUAAGAGCAAUGUCGAGACAGGAGUUGAUGACGAAGAUGAUGAGAGCACAGGUGACCAAAUUUUGGAACUUGCAAAUGAGGACGACCAAGAAUCUGAAAAUGAUAUCCGAAAAAUAAUGAAGACAGUGGGCACAACUUUGUGCCUAACAGAUUUUUCCAGUAUUAAAGGUGACAAUCGAAUUGGCAAAUCCUUCUUCAAAGUUGUUGUUAAUGGCAAAAAUAUGCUCAUUAAAAAGAGUUCGUUUGUAUGGCUAUGUACCGAUGGGCAUAAGCAUAUCAGUUGCGACAGACUGCAAAGAUUCCACAUCACACAGCGGCGUUAAAGUAGAUUUUUUUUUUUAAUGGGAUAAUGCCAUGUAUGCAGUAAACAAGGGUGUGGAAAAUUUUAAAUUGAAAAAAAUCUUCAGUACAAAAAAUUUUUAAGAUAAAACUGAAUUUAAAAAGUACAUGAAAUUUUCUGUUUAAUUUUGUAAUAUUCGAAAAAUCCUCUAUUACUCCUUGUUUAUGCCACUAUGCGAUA